CUUGUCUCAUCGAUCGCGUGCUGUCAACAGUCUUGCAGCUCCCUUCCAUACCCCAUCCCAAAUGUCUACGGGACCUCUGUCUAUAACUGAUAUACUUGCCAUCUGCUCCUUUCUUGAUUAAAAGUCUGGGGAUCCGCCCCGCCCUUGACACCACUGUAGCUUACAAACAACCACCCUGCGGCGGUAUAUUGCCCCUCGCACAUGGACGGAGAGAUGCAGGAUAAUUGAGUUAAAGCCUGUGCAAACUGGCAUAGCAUGUGUCAUUCCCCUACGGCUCCUUGAGCUUACGCACCAGCUCUCCCGCCGCCGGUUUUGCUCUCCACCAGAACGAUCAAUCGAAGCAAUCCUAUCAACCUAAGCGAAGCAAAUGCGCAUGAUACAAGACUUUAGAUACCGAGAUAUAACUUCCACUGGAAUACUCUUCGAAUUGAGAAUCGCUGCUUUCCAUUACCGGGACGAAAUCCAAGACCUGCGCAACUGUCGAAUUGCAUCCUGCCUGACAUCCCAGAUCUUGCAAGCUUCUCCGGUUUGGAAACAUACACCUAAUUAGGGGUUUUAAUACUGCCGAUAUAAGCUCAAGAUGGAUCCCGGAACUGUGUCCGCUGGCGCUUCGACUCCAAAUAGUGUCUUAAAUGAUCGACCUCUUCCUCCACUCCCGAGUUUAGAUGCAGAUAGUGUGGCAAGUGGAGAGACGCCAGGAGAAUAUUCUGUCGGUCCUCAACAGAGAUAUGGAGAUGUUGAUACCGAAGCUAUUGCUGGUAAGAGGUCAACUCUGAAUUCGGAAGGCAAUCAGCAAGAUUCAGAACAUGGGGCUCGCUCAUCAGCGGACCUACCUGCUGGGCUCAAAAGAUUAUCAUUAGGGGUGGCCGGAGCUUCUCCAUAUGAUGGCCCUGGCUCUGAGGGCAACUCACAAGGUGUGGACGAAUUCACGUCUAGAACUAACUACGUUUCUGGAGAGGACGGAUCCUCAACCGUGGAGAAUCAGGCGAGAACAUCGGUUCGCCCAGCCAGACCUGCUCAGACACCUCCUAUUGUUCGCAGUGGCGACCGAGUACCUAGAUCUACUCGCAACACUCUUCACAGUGAGAAUGCAUCAGGAUCAGACUCGGCAGGACAUUCAGCCCUCCGUCGGGAUACAGUUAGCCGGACUAGAAGCCGACAUCACACCCUUGAUGGCGGUCAGAGUACGGAUCAGACCCAGUUCACUAUCCCUAAAUGGCAGCCGGAUGCAACUGUCACGUUGUGUCCAAUUUGCAGAACACAAUUCAGCUUCUUCGUGAGGAAGCACCAUUGCAGAAAAUGCGGGCGUGUAGUUUGUGGAAGCUGUUCACCUCAUAGAAUCACAAUCCCUUACCAAUACAUUGUCCAGCCACCGACGCAGGAAGCUCCCCCUGCUCCGCCUGCUCCGCCUACUCGGCCAAGGCUUGAUCCUGUACGUACUGAAAGUUCGCCAAUGGUUGAGAAUCUUGGUGGAGGAGAGCGAGUGCGACUUUGCAAUCCUUGCGUACCUGAUCCGAAUAUCGCUCCUCCACAGGUUCCUGAAUCGACAACCAGCCAGCCUAGACUCGCUCAACAAGGCCAUACCCGCUCUGUGAGUAGUGUUGUAACUUCGACUCAAUCGAGAAAUACCGGUCACACUCUGUCAACCUCGUCGCAUUACUCACAGAGAAGGCCACGGGAUAUUAUGAAUUCCUACAACACGAGUACCUCUUCGUACUCAGAGAGAAAUACUCGCUUGGGGCCUGAAGACUUGCAAAGUCGAUCUCGAAGCAGCACGGUCGGUACCAAUCGAGACCCAUCUAGCAUGGGGAAUGCUUCGUCUCCUCUUGGCCAGUGGACAGCACAACAAGGUCGCUCCGAGCAACCUCGGAUACCGUCAAGCCGGCCAUCUCCUACACCUCGUCGUGUCAUCAAAGAAGAAGACGAAUGCUGGAUCUGCCACAAGGAACUGCCGUCACGAAAUCUCGACAACUGGGAAACCAUACGAGCUGAGCACGUAAACAACUGCCUUACCCUCGCCAUGCAGGGUCCCUCAGCAUCAACAUCUCCCUCUCCUCCUCCAGCUCCAGCUCCGAUCACCAUCCCAACUCAGUCACCUCGGAACGUACAAAUGCCAAGUAGUCAAGCAGAGAGCUCACGCACAGCGCGAGUCACACCUAUAAUCGCCCCUCCCAUCGCCAAUACACCUGAAGCGCGCAUGGCAGCUCGAGAACGGGCUCAUGCAGCUGUAGUCCUCGCAUCCAGUAGCACCAGUCCGGUCCGACGAAGUGGUGUAUUCCCCUACAAAGCGACAGAAAAAGACUGUAUAGAUGACGCUGAAUGCACAAUCUGUCUGGAAGAAUUUGAAGUAGGAGAGGAUAUGGGCAGGUUAGAGUGUUUUUGUCGUUUCCAUCUGAAGUGUAUCCGCGAGUGGUUCGUCAAUCGACCUGGGCAAUGCCCGGUCCAUCAGCAUGGAGCUGGAUACUAGCAUUCUGCUUCUUAUUUGGUCACAUCUUGUUUUCGUCUCAUUGCAUAUCGGCGCUUAGUUGGAUUUUGGGGCCGGAUUUUGGGGCCGGAUUUUGGAGGAAGAAGUCUGUUAUCAUUUGCGGGAGUCUGUUCACUUGCUGUGGCUUUGAAGUUCUGCGUUUUUUCUUGCAUAUGCAUUCGCUCGAUACCACCAUCUUUUUAAGCUCAUCUCGAUUAGACUACUACUGCUACGAACAAGCAAUUAAAUUCCCACCUCAAAUUACUCCUUCCCUCCCAGUCUCUUCCAAAACAAGUAAAUUCCUUGAUCAAGGUUCGUAGGCUUGACCCCAAUUCUCGAUGGAUGGAGGACAACCCCGCGGCGGGGUAUCGAGACAAGUUCAACGUGAGGCGGGCAACUCUAACCGAGCCCAGCAACGGUGCGGUCAAUCUGCAUCCGCCAAAUGCACGUAUACGAGCGGCAUGCACAAUCCGUCCUAUCCAGCACCGGAACGUUUUCAUGCCGAAGAGAUUCGACGUGCAACAAAACCACCUCGAAGAACUUUUAUUGGAUUUGUUUGGUUGCUCUGGUGGUGAGUGAUCACGGUGGUGGUUAGAAUGCGGAGUAAGCUGAUUGUGCAAGGGGUGGCCGGGCGAGAAGUGUUGGAUGAGAGGGAGGAGUGAGGGGAUGGAUGAUGGUGCCCGCUAUGGGAGGUAUGGGGGAAUUGUUUGGGGACAGGGUCUUCUUCCUGCUUGGAGUGUCCUUUUCUAGGUAGGGCUGAGAUUAGUGGAGUGCAGUGCGGUCUCGUUGUGGUAAGAGGGACGAAUUUUGAGCGUCUUGACCUAUAUGUUUUAAGGCUGGGGUACAAAAAGUACGGUACUGAAGAUGCUCUCUUCCAAAAUACUCGUCCCUUUGCCCAAGGACCGGAUUCAUUUCAUAAACCUUUCCCAUAAGAUACAAAGAUACUAGGCUUUGUACUAUAGUAGUCGGAACUACUUGGACAUAAACUUCGAGGGCGAACAUCGAGCAUGUCGGUAACCAUAUCUGAAUUGGGCUGUUACAGCGAUAUCUGCGGGAAGAAACCCUUUAUCAACCGUGGAAUGUCCUCUCACUCAAUUUGAGGAUUAGAAGACAAUGGCAAGAGUCGGACUCCGUUAUGAAAUUUGGAGAUGUAAAUGUCAAUCUUGAAUGAUGUGCAAAAUGAGAAACAAGAAGCCAACACCAUCCAGUCACUCCACUCUUUACUGAGAGAUACUUUGACAAUCCCAAAGUUGCAAUAAUCGCUUAAGUGAAUUACAUUCAUGCCCUUUAGAAAGAAGACAUGCGAAAAGCAAGCAUCGUGUAGAUAGUCGAAAGCUCGCAGCAACCUCGUAGGUACUCGCUAUGUGGAAGUUCCUAUCAGUAAUAUCCAGAUCCGAUCGCCCAAAAAUAGGA